AUGUCCCCCGACGGCACUCAAGUGGCUUCGGCGGUACCAACUCUACCCUGCAUCUAUGGAAUGAGUAAAGACAAUGCCACUACGAAGCUGCUACCGAGUACUGGCUCAGAUAUUUCUCUGUUGCCUUCUCAUCCAACGCAUCCCAUGUCGCUUGUGGUUUGGAAAAUGGAGACAUAUACAUCUGCUCGUUGCGCACAGCUGAACCGCCGCUUGGUCCACUCAAGAGGCACAAUAAUCGAUCCGCAUCUGGGAUGUGCGAACCGGACACUCCAUUGGACAGCCUUUCACAGGUCAUACAGAUGGGUCACCUCAGUCUCGUACCGCCUGAUGGCUCACGCCUUGUCUCCGCCUCCUGGGACCAUACUAUCCGAGUGUGGGAUAUACGCGCCGCACAGACCGUCUAGGACCGCUCCGAGCGCAUUCCAGUGGUUACCUCUGCGACCUUCUCCCCCAACGCCGCUUUCAUUGCAUCCGCAUCAUUUGAUAACACCAUCGAUGUAUGACGCACUCACCGGCAGCACAGUCCUUGGUCCUCUACAGGCCACACCGACUGGGUCAACUGGGUCAUAUUCUCUCCUGACGGGUCUCGUCUGUUCUCUUGCUCAAACGAUGGCGCUAUACAUCGCAUCUGCUUCAUGGGAUCGCACCUUGCGAAUCUGGGAUGCAGACAACGGUCAAGACGUCCACGGGCCAAUGGAUGGCCAUGACGACUCAGUGAAUUGUGUACGGUUCUCUCCGGACGCGUCGACGAUUGUGUCUGGGUCGCGUGACGGUACUGUUCGACUAUGGGAUGUCAAGACCGGCCAGUGCAUGAUGCAGCUGUUCAGAGCGACUCACCAGUCUCGUCGGUCGGAUUCUCUCCCGAUGACCGGGACAGGCGACACGGUGGUUGGCCCAGUUCAUGGACACAGUGACGGUCGCAUGACGCAUCCGUGCGAGUAUGGGAUGCGCAGACCGGACAGCAGGUUGUGGUUUGUGACGAGGAUGGCGGGUCACAUGACGAUCGUGAUCUCUGUUGGAUUCUCGCCCAAUGGUCUCUACAUCGUGUCUGGCUCUUGGGAUAAGACUCUGCGCAAUGAAGUCGCAACACAGGAAGAGAUGGCUGGAGGUGAAAGCCAAACAGCCCACCCUGGUCAGGAUCACAUCAAGGUGCUCGACUCCUGGACUCUCGAUGACGAAGGCUGGGCAGUAGACUCGGAAUCGGCGGUUGAUAUGGGUCCCGUCGGAUCUCCGCGUCCCGCAAUUCCUCCGAACGACCUCACGAUUUCUGACCAAGGAGGUAUGAGGCUGGAUUUUGAUGGGGCUAUAUGGGAAUGGGCAGCUGCUUUCGUGUUUGACAGCAUGGAUACACCGUGCAGUUUACAGCUACAAUCUAAUCUGGAAUUCCAAUCCUAUCCGUUCCUUAUUCACAUGGCCAUUGAAGCACAAGUCACUCAUGUAAGAAUCCGUCAUAGCGCCCAAGCUGUUGAGCUCGACCCAGAAUCUAGUUACGGAUCUUAUGCGUGA